GCCAUAUUAGCUGUGGUAUAUUGUCAUUACUGUGAAAUAUUGUUGGUAGUUUGGGGGUCAAUCGCGCGCGUAUUUGAGCUUUGAAUUUGGCGAAAGAUGAAGCCAAGGAGAAUAUCUGAUGAUGUAGACGGCGAGAAUUCGGUUAUGAAGACAUGUUGUUGCUGUAUGGACGUUCGACUGGGCACAAUUGUGCUAGGAUUUUGCCAUCUGUUGAUUCACAUUGCUGGUUUGGUGGUGUUAACUCAAAUGUUGCUACAUCCAGAACUGUACCAGGAGAGGUACUUUGAAACUUAUGGCACCACACCACGAUCAGCUGAUAACUCAGUUGCACUGGCCAUAGCAUUUUUCUCCUUUCUGAUUACAAUUUUGCUGAUUUAUGGUGCCAUUACUCGUGAGCCAACUUAUCUGCUGCCCUUCUUUUGUAUGCAAGUGUUUGAUUUCUGUGUGAAUCUGUUGGGUGCUGUUGGUGCAAUCAGUUAUAUACCUGAGCUGAAACUCAUGCUAAAGAACAAUCCCAACUUCCCUGUUGGUGAUGCUGUGGACAAAAUGGACAUGACGACUCUAAUGAUGACAGUUGUGAUGGUGUCUGUAACAAUUCUUACCAUCAAGGCUUACUUGAUUGCAUGUGUUUGGUCAUGUUACAAAAUUCUGCUCAGUUUCCAUGUGAAGAAGGCCAGAAAUGCAUUCAUGUUUCAAAUCAAUCAGUCAGAUGAAACUGAGACUCACAGUCUGCUGCCAAAUUAUGAGGAUGCUGUCAAGGACACUCCCAAAGAGUCUCCCCCUCCUUAUACAUCUAAUUAACAUGUCUUCUAUGGACUAAGAACAGCUUUAACACUUCUGUUUUGUUAGUAGCUGUUGACUUUACUUUGUGAAGUUUCUUGUAGACAUUCAUUUCUAGUUGUGCAUAACUGUUUAAUUUAUAACUCAGGGAACACUUCAUAUUAACUUUCUUGGUGAUAUUAGUUAUCGUUAGACUUCUUUAACAUUGCCGGAGUGACAAACACUAUCAGGUCUGUUAUAAACAGGAAUUAUAAAAAAAUUAUGAUGAACAAUAGUGUAAGUUUUAAAUAAAUAAAAAUGGCGUGUAGAUAUUUGAAUUAAAGUUCUUUGUUUUCAGUGGAGCCUGGAGGGAUUAGGUUCUAUUCUACCAAUAAAAGUUUCAAACUUUGUAACAAUUUUUAGAAAAUGCUGAUGUUCUGCUUGCCCUUUGUGAUUUGAUGAAAUUGUGUCUUUCCUCUAGCUCUCCCAAUGGGCCAACUGACAACUUAUAGAAAACACUAUGACUACAGUAAGUUAAUGCUAGAUUGUCAGCUUCUCGUCUUAAAUUUUGUUAGAGGUGAUUAGGAAUGUCAUUUACUUUUUUAGUAUUACCGGUAUAUUUCAUUUAUUUUCUACUCGAUUCAUUAGCUAUCUAAGCUAGGCACCUGACAAGCUCCAUAAAUUCAAGUAUAAAUGAAUCUACAUC